AUGGCUGCCCUGCCAGCAUGGAAUCUUCUCAAAGGCAAAACAUCCGCGAUCACUGGCGGAACAACUGGGAUUGGCCGCGCAAUCGUGUCCCAUUUAGGUCUUCCUAAGGAUGAUGCGCAGCGCCAUAGUCUGAUUGAAGAAGUCAAAGCGAACGAGAAAAGUGGUGUCAAAGCUGGGAAGAUCUUGGACCUUGCAGGCGAUGUGACCAACCCAGAGACAAGCACAAUAUUGGUCAGUGAAGCUGUGUCAGAAUGGGGUAAAUUGGAUAUCUUUGUUGCCAAUGCCGGCGUAUUCAAACAAGCAGAGUUCCUGAAAAUCGAGCCCUCCCUCCUGGACCACAGCGUGGACGUCAAUAUCAAAGGCUGCUUCUAUUCCUGUCAAGCAGCUGCCCGUCAAAUGGUGAAACAGGGACACGGUGGCUCGGUCAUCGGCAUUUCCUCCGUCAGUGCUCUUCUGGGCGAUGGUUUGCAAACACACUAUACUCCUACAAAGGCUGCGAUAUUGUCAAUGAUGCAGUCUAUGGCGAUUUCCCUGGGAAAGGACAAGAUUCGAUGCAAUGCCCUGAUCCCUGGGACUCUUGCCACUUAA